AUGUUCUGUCUCCGCUCCAGGGCCAUUCCCUCAGCCGUCCGGGCCACCACAUCGGCCAUGCGAACUCCGUUGAACAGAUUUGCCCGAAUUCCGCAACUACCAAGCACACAGUCCACACCCUCAUCCCGCUCCUUCUCCCUCCUCUCCACGCCAACCCGCUUCCAACCCUCGCAAACACUCGGCGCCCGCUUUCCCACGCCAACCGCAUCCGCCUUCUCGCCGCUGUCAUCACUCCUCUCCCGGGGUUCUGCUCCUGCUCCGCAGCAGACCCGCUCGUUCUCGGCCAGUGCUUCUCUCGGCGUGCGCCGCGUGACGUUCCGGCCCUCACGACGGGUGCAGAAGCGUCGCCAUGGGUACCUGGCGCGCAAGAAGGAUAGGAAUGGGCGUAAGACUCUUAUUCGGAGGACGUUGAAGGGGCGGAAGGAGUUGAGUUGGUGA